CAGGUAGGCGGGUCCCGGGCGCGGGGCGGCGGGGACGGCGGCGCGGACCGGGGAGUCGGGGCCCCGUCGCCUGCCCUCGCCCGGGACCCGCCCUGCCCGCCGAGUCGCCCGCAGCAGCGCGGCGUGGCUGUUGCCUCCUGUUGCCAGAAGUUUCCGGGUCUUCCUAGCGAGGAGGAAAGCUUCGCCCGGGCUCUGCGGCGUCCCGGAGACGUUUGUUUUUAUUUUUAUUUGUUUGCCUCGUUCGCCUUUCUGACCACCAGCAAGACAUCAUUUCAGGGGACUGUAAAUCUCCAGGCACUUCGUAAAGCGACGUACGGUUUUAUUACUUAGGAAUAUUGACUGUAUUUAUAAAUGAGAAGACUUCUGACCAGCUAAGAGAAUUUGCUGCAAGGAAUGGAAUUAGCUCAUAGCUUGCUGCUCAAUGAAGAAGCAUCCAAUCAGCUAGGUGAAGUUCAGAAGGCCGAGUUUAUAUUCGAAUGGCUGAGAUACUUGGAGAAGCUCUUGCUAGCAACAAGCAGGAACGAUGUCAGGGAAAACCAGAAGACUCUUGUUGAGCAGCUCCUCUCCUUACUGAACAGCUCCCCCGGGCCUCCCACACGCAAGCUCCUUGCUCAGAAUCUGGCCACACUUUAUAGUAUUGGAGACACAUUUUCUGUUUAUGAGACAAUCGAUAAAUGUAAUGAUCUUAUUCGUAGCAAAGAUGACUCUCCAAGUUACCUUCCUACCAAACUUGCUGCUGUGGUGUGUUUGGGUUCCUUGUACAAGAAGUUGGGUAGAAUACUGGCUAAUGGCUUUACUGAUACAGUGGGGAAUAUUCUUAAAGCUAUGAAGAGUGCAGAGUCUCAAGGCCGCUAUGAGAUCAUGCUGAGUCUGCAGAGCAUACUUACAGGACUGGGCGUCGCCGCCGCACCUUGCCACAGGGAUGUGUACAAGGCUGCUCGGUCCUGCCUAACAGACAGGUCCAUGGCUGUCCGUUGUGCUGCUGCCAAGUGUCUUCUUGAACUCCAGAAUGAGGCUGUCUUUAUGUGGAGCACAGAACUGGACAGUGUGGCUACACUAUGUUUUAAAUCCUUCGAAGGUUCCAAUUAUGAUGUGCGGAUUUCAGUUUCAAAGCUGCUGGGUACAGUGUUGGCCAAAGCUGUAAUUGCUAAGCAUCCAGGAACAGCAGCCUCGAGGCAGAGUGCUCGCAGAGUGUCUCUGGAGGAAGUUCUGGAACUGCUGGGAACAGGCUUUCUGCGUGGGAGUUCAGGACUCCUCCGAGCCAGCGGAGAUAUGCUGAAGGGAAGCAGUUCAGUCAGUAGGGACGUUCGAGUUGGAGUCACUCAGGCUUACGUGGUAUUUGUUUCAACAUUAGGAGGAGCCUGGCUAGAGAAGAAUUUUGCUGUCUUUCUUUCUCAUAUCCUAAGCCUUCUAUCACAGCUGAAUCCUAAAGCCACACAAACUCAGACUGAUGCUGUCUGCUGUCGCCGUUGUGUUUCAUUUAUUCUUCGAGCAACUAUAGGAGGCCUUCUUGGAGAAAAGGCUCAAAUUGCUGCUGCAAAGGAUCUCUGCCAGGCCAUCUGGAAGCUAAAGAAAGUCAUGGAUGCUGUGUUGAGUGAUGGUAAUUUGGAAACCCGUCUCAGUUCCACAGAUGUCGCAGCCAGCCAGCAUUCACUGAUUUGUGCAUUACAAGAACUUGGAAAUCUCAUUCACAGUCUCGGCACUACAGCUGCACCAUUGCUACAGGAUUCCAGUACAGGCCUUCUGGACAGUGUCGUUUCAGUGAGUGUGCACCCUAGCGUUUCUGUUCGACUGGCAGCAGCUUGGUGCUUGCACUGCAUUGCCGUGGCAUUGCCCUCCCACCUGACGCCUCUCUUAGAUCGGUGCCUAGAACGGCUCUCGAUACUUCAGUCUUCCCCAGAAGCAGUGACUGGAUUUAGUUUUGCUGUGGCAGCUUUGCUAGGUGCAGUGACACACUGUCCUUUGGGAAUCCCUCACGGAAAGGGCAAGAUUAUCAUGGCGUUAGCUGAGGAUUUGCUGUGUUCUGCUGCUCAAAACAGUCGCCUGUCCCUUCAGCGCACACAAGCUGGAUGGUUGUUGGUUGCUGCUCUCAUGACGUUAGGUCCCGCAGUGGUCGGCCAUCAUCUUGCCCGCGUUCUGCUCUUGUGGAAGUGUGUCUUCCCAGCGUCUCCUCAAGAUCUGCAGACAGAAAAGAGCCGAGGAGAUUCUUUCACAUGGCAGGUGACCCUGGAGGGCCGUGCUGGUGCUCUCUGUGCUGUCAAGAGCUUCAUUUCCCACUGUGGUGAUCUUCUUACUGAGGAAGUAAUUCAGCGUCUUCUGCCGCCACUUCCCUGCGCUGUGGAUUUGCUGACUCAGCUUUCUUCAAUAUUAAAAACAUAUGGAAGUUCUUUGAAAACACCAUCAGUAGUUUAUAGACAGAGGCUUUAUGAACUACUAAUUUUAUUACCUCCUGAAACCUAUAAAGGGAACCUCUGUGCUAUCCUCCGAGAGCUGUCUGCCGAACUGACUGCCCCUGAGACCCAAGCAGCAGCAUCUGCGUGUUUACUUCCAGCCCUUUGUCAUCCCAGUGACCUUUUGAUACUAAGUCCUGUGCUGCAAGAGACUGACCACAGGUUUAUUGAAGAACAGCUCCUGCUUGGCAGUGGCAUCGCCUGUGGAAGUCUAGAAUACGAUCCUUACUCUAUUUAUGAGGAGGACGCAGGAGGAGACUCUGUGCCCAAGCCCCUGCCUCCCACACUGUCGGUCAUUAGCUCUGCAUCCAAGCUCUUCGGCAUUGUCUGUGCGAAUGUGGACGAAGCUCAAAGGGUUCUGACACUGGAGCAGCUGUUGAACAGCAUAAAGCACUCCAAAGGAGCUCGUCAGCAGACAGUUCAGCUGCACGUGCUUUCUGCCAUUUCUAAUCUACUGAAGUAUGUGGCUGGCUCCAAACGAAGUUUAGGUCCAGAAGUAAGAAGACUUGUCCUAACAUUAGUGUUGGGAGCCCUAGAGAGUCCCAACCCCCUUUUGAGAUGUGCAGCUUCGGAAGCAUGGGCCAGAUUAGCCCACGUGGUUGAUGAUGCAGCUUUUACUGCUGGACUAGCUCAAGUAAGCUUCGACAAAUUGAAGUCAGCAAGAGAUGUGGUUAGCAGAACAGGCCACUCUCUGGCUCUGGGAUCCCUGCAUAGGUACUUAGGGAGCCUAGGGCCUCAGCACUUGAGUGCUUGCAUUGGAGUCCUGUACACUUUGUCUCAAGACAGCACUUCUCCUGAUGUGCAGACCUGGGCGCUCCACUCUCUGUCACUGACCAUUGACUCUGCUGGCGCCCUCUAUCACAUGCAUGUGGAGUCCACCCUGUCGCUCAUCAUCAUGUUGUUGUUAAAUGUGCCUCCAACGCAUGCCGAGGUUCACCAGAGUCUUGGUCGCUGCCUGAACGCCCUUAUUACCACGUUGGGCCCGGAGCUGCAAGGUAACAGUCCAUCUGUGUCCAGCUUAAGGACAUCCUGUCUGCUGGGCUGUGCAGUGAUGCAAGACAACCCAGGCUGCCUGGUCCAGGCUCAGGCCAUCUCUUGCCUUCAGCAGCUUCACAUGUUUGCUCCACGGCACGUCAACUUGUCUAGCCUGGUCAGCUGCCUUUGUGAGCUCUUGUUGGAUAAUUCUGUUUUGGUCAAUCUUUGUAGUCCCUAUCUGUUGCUGAGAAGAGCAGUUCUGGCUUGUUUGCGGCAGCUGGUGCAGAGGGAAGCAGCUGAAGUUUCGGAGCAUGCUGUCAUGCUGGCCAGGGAUGCCAGGGACCCGGCUGCAGAUCCUAACCUCAGAGAAGUGGGCCUUGAAGGGGCACUGCUGGCCUUACUGGAUAGAGAGACAGACGAAAGCUUGUGCCAGGACAUCAGAGAGACUUUACAUCAUAUGCUGACAUCCAUGGCCGUGGAAAAGCUCUCCCUUUGGUUAAAGCUGUGUAAAGAUGUUCUUGCAGCAUCGGCGGAUUUUACAGCUGUAACUUGUGUGGAUGCAAUGCAAGAAGAAGAAGGAGACAGAGGGGACGAUGCUUUGGUGCUGACCAGAAGUGAUGACAAACCACAGCCUCUCAGUAACCCUCGAUGGACCACCAGAGUCUUCGCUGCUGACUGUGUCUGUAGAAUAAUUAACCAGUGUGAAAGUGCAAACAGCGCCCAUUUUGACAUUGCGUUAGCACAGGAAAUGAAAAAAAGGGAUUCAAGAAAUGAUUUUUUGGUGCUCCAUCUUGCUGACUUAAUUCGCAUGGCUUUUAUGGCUGCCACAGACCAUAGCGACCACCUCCGUCUCUCAGGCCUUGACACACUCCUAGUUGUUAUUCGACGAUUUGCAGACAUUGCAGAGCCAGAGUUUCCAGGUCAUGUGAUUCUGGAACAGUAUCAAGCCAAUGUUGGAGCAGCUCUUAGACCAGCCUUCACUUCAGAGACACCUCCUGACGUCACUGCCAAAGCAUGUCAGGUGUGCAGUGCUUGGAUAGCAAGUGGCGUUGUGAGGGACCUUAGUGAUCUCCGCAGAGUUCAUCAGCUGCUUGUCUCAUCACUAACAAAAAUACAGGCGGGAAAAGAAGCUCUCAGUCACCUGUAUAAUGAAAGUGCUUCCACCAUGGAGAUCUUAGCUGUACUGAAAGCCUGGGCAGAGGUCUACAUAGUUGCUGUACAAAGACAUAAAAGCCACAGACAAACCUUGAAGACUGCUAUUAACCCAGAAGACACUGUGAGAAGCACGUCCCCUGCGCCUGGUGGCCUUCUCGACUUAGUCUGCACAGACCUGGGCACACUGAGCAGACUCUGGCUUGCUGCACUUCAGGAUUUUGCUCUCUUAACUUUGCCUGCAGAAUUUGCCUCCCAACUUCCUGUUGAAGGUGGCGCUUUCUACACAGCCGAGACCAGCGAGAAGGCAAAGCUGCAUUACCACAGCUCCUGGGCACUCAUCCUCCAUGCUGCAGCACUGUGGCUCACCAGCACAGGCUUUGCUGACCCCGACGAAGGAGCUGCCAAUCUCUCCAGGCCUGUAACUCCAACUUCCAUGUGUCAGGGCUCAUCGUCCGGGGCCGCAGUGAAGUCGCCCGAAGAUGUCUACAUGGACAGGUUCCAUCUGAUUCUAGGAAUCAGUGUCGAGUUCCUGUGUUCCCUCCGUGCAGAUGCAACCAUGGAGAGCAUUACUGCUUGCUUGCUUGCACUGCAGGCCCUUCUCGAUACGCCGUGGCCCAGAUCUAGAAUUGGCAGUGAUCAGGGCUUGGGUAUUGAAUUGCUGAAUGUACUACACCGAGUAAUUUUGACCAGAGAGUCACCUGUCAUUCAGCUGGCUUCACUUGAAGUGGUAAGGCAGAUUAUCUGUGCAGCUCAAGAACACGUGAAGGAAAAAAGAAGAAGUGCAGAAGUUGACGAUGGAGCCUCUGAAAAGGAAACCCUGCCAGAGUUUGGCGAAGGAAAGGACACAGGAGGACUCGUGCCUGGGAAGUCUUUGGUCUUUGCAACCCUGGAACUGUGUGUCUGCAUCCUCGUCAGACAACUCCCAGAACUAAACCCUAAGCUGACAGGUGGCCCUAGAGUGAAGGCUUCCCAGCCGCAGACCCUGUCAGAGGAGGGGAGUGGGCUGGUCGCAGCUGCCUUGGGCAUCCUUGCUGAGCUUCCUGCAGUGUGCUCUCCUGAAGGAAGCAUCUCAAUCCUCCCUACUGUGUUGUACCUUGUGACUGGAGUCCUUCGAGAAACUGCGGUGAAGUUGCCUGGGGGCCAGUUAUCCCCACCUGUCACAGCUUCCCUGCAGGCGCUGAAAGGCAUCUUAACCUCCCCCAUGGCCCGAGCAGAAAAGAGUCACAAGGCUUGGACCAGCCUCCUCCAAAGUGCGCUAGCAACUGUGCUUGACUGCUGGAGUCCAGUUGAUGGAGCGCAUCAAGAACUUGAUGAAGUCAGUCUGCUCACUGCCGUCACAGUAUUUAUUUUGUCUACCAGUCCAGAAGUGACAACCGUCCCCUGCCUUCAGAAGCGCUGCAUUGAGAAAUUUAAAGCUGCCCUGGAGAGCCAAGACCCUGUGGUACAAAUGAAGACCUAUCAGCUCCUACAUUCCAUUUUUCAGUAUCCAAAUCCGGCCAUUUCCUACCCGUACAUUUAUUCUUUAGCGUCUUCUAUUGUGGAGAAACUGCAGGAAAUAGACAAGAGAAAACCUGAAGAUGCUACUGAGCUGCAGCUUUGUCAAGAAGGAAUAAAGCUCUUGGAAGCUUUGGUCACCGUUGCCGAAGACCAGCACCGCGCUCAGCUGGUGGCCUGCCUUCUGCCAGUCCUCAUUUCCUUCCUCCUGGAUGAGAACGCGCUCGGAUCUGCCUCUUCUGUAAUGAGAAGCCUGCAUGACUUUGCUUUGCAAAAUCUCAUGCAGAUCGGGCCUCGCUACUCCUCUGUGUUUAAGAGUGUCAUGGCUUCUUCCCCAGCCCUGAAAGCCCGGCUGGAGGCCGCUGUAAAGGGCAAUCAGGAAAGCGUCAGAGUGAAGCCGCCUUCUAAACAUGCCAAGAACCUGGGGAGGAGCUCCAGCAUCCGCUUAAAGACUAACUUCCUGUGAUGCCGCUCUUCUGGAACACUGAGCACCUUAACGUAACACUUGAUAGUCUCCUUCCUUAGAGACAGCAGAGAACAGCGACAAGUGCACUUGGAAAUCCUGUUAAUUGUUCCAGUUUCAGGAGUGACAGAAAACUUAACAGUCUUCGUAAUUUUGGUUUGGUUUGGUUUCCAUUAACAAAGAACAUGUAACUGUCAGAGACUUCUUGCCAGGCAUGCUAAGGAAGUGCCAAAGACAAAUUGACUAAGCAGCCCGCUGCUCUGGAAAUGAGGGGCCGCGCUGCAGCUGCGCAUGCCCAUCGCCGACAGGCGGCCUUGUGGUAGAGAGUAUUGGUGUUACCAGCCAUAUCCCAGUGACUGGUGACAAGUCCAGCCGUGUGGAGCAGUGGUACCAAACUUUGGUGUAUUUCUCAAGCAGCAUAAGUGGUUAGGGCAGGGAAGGGGGCACUCAGAAGCCUGAGGAAGGAGGAUCAUCAAAAUUCAGUGCCAGGCUGGCCUACACAGCAAGUUCCAGACCAGUCAGGACUACAUGAUAAGACUGCUCUCAAAAAAUAAAUUAAUUAACAAACUAACUAAUAAUAAUAACGCCAACAGUAAAUAAGUGGUUGGCACGCUCUUUAAGAACAGAUCUAGAAUUACCCAGCGUGCAAUAGGAGAGAGCUUCAGCCCCACCAUGUGGCCUGAGGCUGUGUGACCUCCCGAUGGUCAUGGCUGCAUCUUUGAGGUGAGUCUGUGGUGAGCUCACACAGAACGCUCUUGUGGGGAACAGAACGUCUCCACCCUCCUGUUUCUCAGAUGGGUUUUCUGUUACCUCUGUUCCAUUUUGUUCGUUUUUAUUGGUGGAAAUCAUUUAUAUUGAGAGCUUAGUAUAGAUCAUGUCUAUAUAUGCAUGGGAUUAUAUGAAUGUCAAAUUUAGCACAACAAAUUUAGACCUUGAGUGAAUUCACAUACGUUUUUUUACAAAGAAUGUAUUUUAAUAUACAAAUAUAUAAUGAUAAAGUCAUACUGGUUGAAGAUAUUUUUGGCUGUAUUUACGAUCAUUUCCCUCCACUGCAGUGUUAUUCUGUGUGAACUGAUCACUAUGUCAAAGCGAUGCAGCUUCCUGUUAAAAUUUACAAACUGCAGAGGCAGAGACAUGGUCAGAAGAGUAAGACUGACUAGAGCAGGAGCUGUGUGAUGGACUCUAUUUUAUUAUGUUUGUAUGUGAAUAUUCUCGUAAAGCAUCAGAGUGGGAAAACAUUUGGCAAACUCUAACACUGCAAUCAACUUUUCUAUAGCACAUAAAUAAAGCUAAUUUUCUCUAA